UACAAGCUACAUGAACCAAUAAGGUCUGACAGAGGAUCCAUACGGAAAAGGCACCGGCUCCCUCCGGUCAUUAUAAAGUGUUGCACUGUCAAUCUCGCUGGCGUUGCGUCUGCCUUGUUAGAGAUUCUGAUCAUGGCAGCGUUCGGGGAAAUGGGCGUAAUGCCCGAGAUUGCGCAGGCUGUGGAGGAGAUGGACUGGCUGCUUCCCACAGAUAUUCAGGCAGAGUCCGUGCCACUCAUCUUAGGAGGUGGAGAUGUGCUCAUGGCUGCAGAGACCGGUAGUGGGAAAACAGGAGCCUUCAGCAUUCCUGUGAUACAGAUUGUAUACGAGACCCUGAAGGACCAACAGGAGGGCAAGAAGGGAAAAGCGGCUGUAAAAACUGGAAGCUCCGUGCUGACCAAGUGGCAGAUGAAUCCUUAUGACAGAAGCCCAGCUUUUGCGAUCAGCGCAGACGGCUUCUGCUGCCAGAGCCGAGAGGUGAAGGAAUGGCACGGCUGCCGUACGACGAAGGCUGUCACCAAGGGGAAGUACUACUAUGAAGUCUCCUGUCACGACCAGGGUCUCUGUCGGGUGGGCUGGUCCACCGGACAGGCUUCUCUGGAUUUGGGCACUGACCGGCACGGAUUUGGAUUUGGUGGAACUGGGAAGAAGUCCCAUAACAAACAGUUUGACAGCUAUGGGGAGGAAUUCACUAUGCAUGACGUCAUAGGUUGCUACUUGGACCUCGACAACGGAUAUGUUUCGUUUUCCAAAAACGGGAAGGAUUUGGGUCUGGCCUUUGAGAUACCACAGAACCUGAAGAAUCAGCCAUUCUUUGCAGCAUGUGUACUAAAGAAUGCCGAACUUCAGUUUAACUUCGGUGGGGAGAGCUUCAAAAAUGCCCCGAAACAAGGUUUCAACGCACUUGACAAAGCGCCUGAGGGACAUGUUGCAAAGUCCACCAAGACCGGUACUGCACAGGUGAGUCAGGUGAAAGACAUGAGUAACGCCCCCAAGGCCCUGAUCAUCGAGCCUUCCAAAGAGCUGGCCGAACAAACCCUUAACAACGUGAAUCAGUUCAAGAAGUAUGUCAACAGCCCUAAAGUGAGGGAACUCUUAGUCAUUGGAGGCGUGGCUGCAAAAGAGCAGCUCUCCGUCCUAGAACAAGGGGUCGACAUCGUCGUCGGGACACCCGGCCGACUGGACGACUUGAUCUCCACUGGAAAGCUGAACCUGUCCCAAGUCCGGUUCCUGGUGCUGGACGAAUGUGAUGGAUUGCUCAGCGCUGGAUACCUGGACUUUAUCAUGAGGAUCUACAAUCAGAUCCCACAGGUCACGUCUGAUGGGAAGAGAUUGCAGGUGAUCGUUUGCUCGGCCACCCUGCACUCGUUUGACGUGAAGAAGCUCUCCGAGAAGAUCAUGCACUUCCCCACCUGGGUGGACCUGAAGGGGGAGGACUCCGUCCCCGAGACAGUGCACCACGUGGUGGUCCUGGUCAACCCCAAGACGGACCGCACCUGGGAGAAGCUGGGGCAGAACCACAUCCAGACCGAUGAAGUGCACGCCAAAGAUAACACGCGGCCUGGAGCGCACACACCAGAAAUGUGGUCCGAAGCCAUCAAGGUCCUGAAAGGUGAAUACACCGUAAAGGCCAUCAAGGAGCACAAGAUGGACCAAGCCAUUGUUUUCUGCCGCACCAAGAUCGACUGUGACAACAUGGAGCAGUACUUAAUCAAGCAUGGGGGAGGACCGGACAAGAAGGGGCACCAGUUCUCCUGUGUUUGUUUACACGGGGACAGGAAACCCCAGGAGAGGAAGUACAACCUGGAGCGCUUUAAGAAGCGUGAGGUGAAGUUCCUCAUCUGUACGGACGUGGCGGCCAGGGGGAUCGAUGUCCGCGGCGUGCCUUAUGUCAUCAACGUGACCCUGCCAGAUGAGAAGCAGAACUACGUUCAUCGCAUCGGCCGUGUGGGGAGGGCUGAACGGAUGGGUCUGGCCAUUUCUUUCGUAGCCACGGAGAAAGAAAAGGUGUGGUACCACGUGUGUCAAAGCCGAGGCCGAGGUUGCUACAACACACGCCUGAAGGAGAGCGGCGGUUGUACCAUCUGGUACAACGAGAAGGAGCUCCUGGCCGAGAUCGAGGACCAUCUGAACUGCGUCAUCACUCAGUGUGAGCCCGACAUCAAGGUGCCAGUUGACGAGUUUGACGGGAAGGUCACGUACGGCCAAAGGAGGGCCGCCGGAGGUGGACAGUACAAGGGUCACGUGGAGGCGCUGGCCCCCACGGUGCAGGAACUAUCCGCCCUGGAGAGAGAGGCCCAGACAUCCUUCCUACACCUUGGCUACCUUCCCAACCAGCUGUUCAGAUCCUUUUAGAUGGCAGCAGGCAGCUUCUUCACAGGAGCUAAUUAUGGCCGUGAUAAAAUUACACUUUAGAUUUAAAGCAAACAUUUUAAGUAUGGUUUGAAUUUCUGUAUAUUCCUAUAACAGAAGAAUAAGUUGCAAGCUGAAAUCAUUAACGCGUGUCACUGAACAUCUGGAAAAAUGAAAUGAAAUAAAGAAAAGCAGUAGCUGA